AUGAGUGUCUCCACCGAUGUAGUCGUGAAAGGAUAUCCAUCGGAUAAUCUUCUCGCACCAAAUCAAUCCUCGAUCGGAUUCAUCGAGUCUCCUAGGUAUCCAGAUGCAUAUCCUCGAGCAUUGCAAAAGAAGUACACCCUUAUAAAUAUGAAGGAAAACGGCUACGUCCGGCUAGUGUUUGACGAUUUCAACGUGCACUUUCAAAGUGAAAUGCAGAUCGUUGAUAGCGAUGAUCGUGUGUUGCUAAAUACAAAGAGGGAGAACCGUCGACCGCCAGCAAUAAUUUCAAGUGGAAAUAGUCUAUUUCUCUACUUCAAAGCGCAUGACUUUACACGAACGGUUGGCUUCCGGGCUCGCUAUGAAUUUGUUGAUGAAAGGGAAUGGUCGGAUAAGCCAAACGCUAGAGACUGCGAUGAUUUCCUUGAGGGAUAUGGUGGAGAAAUUAAACUGGACGGCAACCAGGAGUUGAUCAAUACAUAUGUGGACUGCAUCUGGAUCAUAGGGCGAUUUCCACAUAUGGCCAGAACGUUCGAUAGAAUAUAUCUGAAGGUUGAGGAAUUCCACAUGAAGGGAGUCGGACUGCGCCUGGAGAUCCGCGCGGGCCCAUCGUCGACGUCGGAUCGCCUGCUGCUUUUGCUUGAUUCGCAAACACACGAUCAAGUUCAGCAUAAACAGCCCAGGCAUGGCUUCGCGACGACUUCAUCUGCCUUCUAUAUACGGCUUCGAGGAUACCUCAUGGGAACCAAUGGUUUGGAAAUCGUUUACUCGCAAUUUUAUCGCUGGGCCACUGCUCUAUGUCCGGGCAUCGGCGAAUUUCACUGUGACAACGCACGUUGCAUAAAGUCGUCUUCAAGAAAGUUGAAGGAAAGGUUCGUGUUCAUGAUACUCGUCUUCUUGACUUCGCCUACAGAGUCCAAGCAUGUAGGCGAAGUCAAGAAGAAGACCAAGACAAGACCAAGACGAGGCCAAAUUGUUGAAUUGGACCUGAGGAGUUCAAAUAUGAUGGCGACGUUGCGUUGUGAUGGUAUCAAUCACUGUGGUGAUGGCAGCGACGAACAUUGCCAGCGGCCAAUUUCUGACUUUAAAGAGCCUGAUGCUGAUAUAUCCGGUCUUUUGGCGCUGGUGAUUGGUGUUUGUGGCCUCAUUUUACUGAUAAUUUCGACAACAGCUGUCAUGGGUCGAUUCUAUCGUCGACGGCUCACUGCACAAUCAGGCGGUACCGAUCUACCCGGAACAGCGUCUUAUCCGCCCGACUCGACGGCGCCCUCGAUACAGACAGUGGGCGAAAGACGGUUUUACGUAGUCCCUGAAAGUCAAAUAUCGGUAAUCGAAGCUCCGCCUUCCUACGAUGACGCUCUCAAGCAUCCGCCGGUAUCAUCAUCGCGUGGAUCGGCCUUCCUCAAUAGGGCGUUCGUCGACAGCGCCUCAGAGGAACGAAUGGUUCACGUCAAUACACCGGAUGUUCCACCACCCACAAGGGAUGCGAUCGAUCCCAUUGUUGACGAUGUCAGCGGUGAAAUAGGAAAUGAAUCAAGAGAAUCCACGGGAAGUGCGCUCAGAGAAGAAGAUGAGCAACCGACUUUUUCCGGAGUCUCACCAAACUCACAGCGGAAAGACGAUGAGUCAUGGGUGUAG